UGGUCGUCCUGGUCGUUUUCUUAACCUUGUUGUUGCAGGUGGAUAUUUCACGGUCAGAUACUGUGUGCAAUAAACCCUUAGGAAUUCAAAAUGGCAACGUCAAGGAUCAUCAAAUGUCUUCCUUUAAAGCCUACAACGGCGAUAUAUCCAUAUAUGGAGCAAAAAACGCUAGGCUAAUGAAGACGUCAUCACCACAGGGAUAUCGUGGGGACAAAAGUGCUCCUAAAGAGUCUUGGAUAACGGUUGAUUUUGAAAAGAAACUUGUGAUUACAGCAAUUGCUACACAAGGAUAUGGCGACCCGACAACUGAUGAAUGGGUUACAAAGUUCGUCUUGUUGUACUUUUCCAAUGGACAAAACUUUAAGCCGCUUAAAGAUGAGCACGACGACAUCAAUAUAUUUAUUGGAAACAACGACAGCAGUACUGUUCAUCGUCAAAACAUACCUUUGCCUGUGAUCGUGUCCCAGAUCAUCAUAUUACCGAAGAAAUGGAACAAUAACGUAGGGCUGCGAAUGGAGUUAUAUGGAUGUGAACCAGAGGAUAAUUAUGUCAUUUCUCUCAUGUUUUGA